AUGCCGUCAUCCAUUUCCGGCAGAAUCAGUGUUUCGUUUCUGCCGUGUUUUCUACUAUUCAUCUAUUUUUCCGUCAAUGCGGUCGCCGGAAUAAUCUCAUUCGACUUCCAGACACUUUCUCUGAGCACCUUGAAGCUUUUGGGUGACGCUCACUUAGUCAACACCAGCAUCAUGCUCACCCGUGACCUCGCCGUUCCGAACUCCGGCGCCGGAGGGGUUUUGUACAACAAACCGAUCAGGUUCAAGCGGCCGGGAACCGGGAUUCCAGCGAGUUUCAGCUCCUUUUUCUCGUUCUCCGUCGCCAACUUAAACCCAGCAUCGAUUGGCGGUGGUUUAGCUUUUGUGAUAUCGCCGGACGACGAAACUCUCGGGGAUGCCGGAGGGUAUUUGGGUAUUCCGGCCGGAGCCAUUGCUGUUGAAUUUGAUACGUUAAUGGACGUUGAAUUCAAAGAUAUCAACGGGAACCAUUUGGGUGUGGAUCUCAACUCGGUGGUGUCGACUGAAGUCGUCGAUUUGGAUUCCGUCGACGUUGAUCUGAGAAGUGGUAACCAGGUGAACUCGUGGGUCGAGUUCAACGGGUCAACUCAGCUACUCAACAUCUCGAUUUCAUACUCCAACAUAAAACCCAUCUCCCCCAUCUUAUCAAUCCCCAUGGAUCUCAACAAAUACUUAAACGAGUUCAUGUAUGUCGGAUUCACCGGGUCAACUCAGGGAAGCACGGAAGUCCACUCAGUUGAAUGGUGGACUUUCAGUUCAUCUUUUGAUGACCCCACACAACACCCACCACCGCCGACCGCCACCGUCACCAACCCUUCUGCUGACGCCGUCAUAUCACCGCCACCGUCCAUGCCGCCGAUGGCUGGAAACCGGAAUACCUCAACCCACCAUUCCACACAAAAACAGAGCAAAUGUCAUAACCAGUUGUGCAAAGAAGGCGCCGGAGCGGUGGUCGGAGUUGUGACCGCCGGCGCGUUCGUUUUAGCCUUGUGUGCAAUCUUUUUAAUAUGGGUUUAUUCCAAAAAAUUCAAAAGAUCAAAAAAGGCACACCUUUUUUCUUAUGAUAUCAUUAAAACCCCCAAAGAAUUCUCAUACAAAGAGCUUAAAUUGGCCACCAAAUGCUUCGAUUCGUCUCGAGUGAUCGGCCAUGGCGCAUUUGGGACUGUUUACAGAGGGGUGUUGCCGGAUACCGGAGAUAUGGUGGCCGUGAAAAGAUGUAGUCAUACCGGCGGUCAAGGGAUGGAGGAGUUUUUAUCAGAGUUGUCGAUCAUCGGAACUCUUCGGCACCGGAAUCUUGUUAGAUUACAAGGAUGGUGUCAUGAAAAAGGUGAGAUUUUGUUGGUUUAUGAUUUGAUGCCAAAUGGGUCGCUCGAUAAAGCGCUUUUCGAGUCGAGAUUGACGCUGCCGUGGGUUCACCGGAGCAAGAUUCUGAUGGGUGUGGCUUCUGCUUUGGCUUAUUUGCAUCAAGAAUGUGAGAAUCAAGUGAUUCAUAGAGAUGUUAAAACUAGUAACAUUAUGUUGGAUGAAGGAUUCAAUGCAAAAUUAGGCGAUUUCGGGUUAGCCCGGAGAAUCGAGCACGAUAAGUCGCCAGACGCCACCGUGGCAGCCGGAACGAUGGGUUACUUAGCGCCUGAGUAUUUGUUAACGGGUCGGGCAAGUGAGAAAACGGAUGUUUUUAGCUACGGCGCAGUGGUGCUAGAGGUGGCCAGCGGACGGCGGCCGAUCGAGAGGGACUCGUUCGGGUCGAAAACAAGGGAAAACAGCAAUUUGGUCGAGUGGGUAUGGGGUUUACAUCGAGAAGAACGGUUGUUGGCCGCUGCAGACCCGCGGUUGUGUGGGGAGUUCGACGAAGCAGAGAUGCGGAAAGUGUUGUUGAUUGGGUUGGUGUGUUCGCACCCUGACCCGGUAGUCCGACCCACGAUGCGAACCGUGGUUCAGAUGUUGGUGGGUGAGGCUGAGGCGCCUGUGGUGCCAAGGGCUAAACCAUCAAUGACCUUUAGCACUUCACAUUUGCUAUUGAAUUUGCAAGAUAGUGUGUCUGAUUUGAAUGGUCUAAUUACCCUUUCAAACUCCUCAUCAGACCACAACUUCAACGGUGAUGGGUUGGACCUGGUUUGACCCGACCCGUUUA